CGCCGCCACACCACGGCCCGGCGCGCAGUAUUGCUCCACGCUCGCUGCUCCUCGGACCUCAAUCCACGUGCUACACCCGGAGGUCACCAGGACCGGCCCGCGACUCUACGCGCGCCCAGUGAAGUGAUGUGCUCGCAUUGUUGAUGAUGCCCAAACGGCGAGUGUGUGUAGUGAAAGUGUGCGCGAGAGGAGGUGACCGGCAGCGGCCCCCGCGACCGUAGCCACUAUGUGGACCCUGCUGCUGCACUUGCUGGCCCUUCUCGCGCUCGGCGGCGGGGCCACCUUUUCACCUAAUAAGGAGCUGCUUGAAUGUGCAAGAUCCUAUACAUGGACCAACACACGUAUCAAAUUCCAACCAACUACAGUAGAAACAUUCCACCCGGCAAAAACACAACAGUAUACAUUGGACUGGGCAUCAACAGAGUAUCCGGAGUCGACGAAAAUAAAGAGGAGAUAACACUAGACGUGUUCCUGCAAGUCUCAUGGCAGGAGCACAGGCUGCACGUCCCACACGGGAGACCGUUCAUCGACCUGCCCUGGGAGUUCCGCCAGCUAAUCUGGACUCCGGACCUGUAUAUCUGGCAACUGCAGACCAUGCGCAUUCUCUCCGUGCUCCAGGAAAUGGCCUCCUUGAGACUUUAUAGCAACGGCACCGUCUCAGUCAGUAUUGGGGCGACUAUCACAAUAAAGUGUGAGAUGGACUUCGUGCUGUAUCCAUUAGAUGUACAGAAUUGUGCUAUAGAUUUUAGUAGCUAUAAAUACACGAAACAAGACGUCCGUUUCGAAUGGCGCGACGUGGACCAUAUGUGGAUGGGGCUAGGAAUGGUGCCGCAGCAGCUAGAGUUCCGCCUACCUAAAUACGUAGUCACCUUCGUCACGGACAAAAGUAAUCAUAUUCGCAAUUUUGGUGAAGGUGAGCAUUCGGAAGCGCGACUACAGAUUAUACUGUCGCGGGAGCUGCGAGGGUACCUGCUGGAAAGCUACCUGCCCUCGUCACUGUUCGUCAUCAUCUCUUGGGGCAGCUUCUGCGUCAUUCCUGAGAUCGUCCCCGGUCGCAUGGUACUGCUCGUAACCACGCUGCUGUCGCUUGUCACCAUGUUUGACACCGUCAGAUAUUACUCUUUUAGCACCAACUCUCCGGAUGCACUGGAACUGAAAUGCAUCGAAGUAUGGUUAAUUUCGUGCACGAUAUUCGUGUUUUUGGCGCUUAUGGAGUACUUCGUGGUGCUGUUCGGUAUCCGAUACGACAAAAGCUGGUGCGAGCGACGCCAGGAGCUAAGGCGGGUUGCUUCUGCUGUGCAGUUAGCCCAGCCUCUACACAUCAACCACUCACAGAGGCUGAGUACGCCGACUAUAACCGGAACACCACCGCAAGGCGGCGUUUUCGCACCUCAAUUAACAUCAGAAGACGAGGGCAUGAAGCAGCAGUUCUCGCAUUCAACCAUUCAGCGGGAUUCUCCAAUUUUGGAACCAUUGCCGCGGGACGGGGAAGCAAGAAGCUUUAUCGCCCAAGUCGCUUCGAAAGUGGACAAAGGCAUCAUGUUUUGUGGCGCCCAGCAUGGGGCUCUCGAUAGAUACGCCCUCAUGGUGUUUCCUAUAUGUUUUUCCCUGUUCACGGUAAUCUACUGGACCACAUACCUUAACGAGGCGCACCGAGCGGUACAUGGACCCAAGUGACGGAGGAACUAACUGCAUUGCAUCGCCGAAUGUGAUAUCAGUGCCUAACAAAACUUGUGACCUAUGUAUAUAUUAGACAAAUUGCUAGUCGAUUUUACUGUAAAGUGACCCCAUAAUCAAUACAUUAUUUGACCGUAAGUAAAGUAAUUUUUAAGAACGACGUCGUGAAGUAACCUAUUUUAAAAAUAGGUACAAUUGAAUGGUGUUCUCGGUACUCGUAGUUAGACUAAUUCAAGAGUCUUUAACAAUGUUGCUGAUUAUGAAAAAGGCAUUGUUUUUUUUUAUUUAUAUGAAUAAAUAUAACACUAAUUAAAAACUACCGGUUUCUAAGCAUACUGCUUUUCGUAGAUUUUAACUUGAAUUAAACUUAAUAUUGGUCAAUUAAUACAUACGUAUAAUAUUCAUAGCUUUAUUCAGAUGUAUUUAAAUGUCAAAUAGCGAGCAAUACGGGGACCAUAACAAUAAUGUGUACAAAAUUUGUUAUUAUAUAAACUAUCGCCUAAAUGCCUUCUUUCACUCGUGCGCCUUUUGCUCGCAUUUUCUAUAAAAAUACGUAAUAUAAUGUACGUAAUAAUACGUACGUAAACUCUCACAAUAUUUUCACACAAGUUAAUGUCGUACGCAGUAUAAAAAACAACUAAAUGAAUUGUUUAAAAUACCUUAUCUACCUAUUUUCAUUAUUAACUUAUUUAUUCUAUCUCAUAAGAUUGUUAUUAUUUUUAAGAUAUUAUUUUAAUAUAACUGUAGUGCUCAUUUUGAUUAACUUAAAAGUUAAGCUUAUUGUAUAAUGUAAAUAUGUGAGGAUAUUAAUUUAUACAAAGACAAUCGUAUGAUCUACCCUAAUACAAUAUUAAGUGUAAUUGUUUAUAUCUAUGCCUUUGUAAAUAGACACAUAAUUAAUACGACUAUUAUGAAAUUCUCAAGACGAAUUAAUGUAUUAUUGUAACUUACAAUAUUAUAAGCAGACACGUGCUUUUCAAAUAAAGACCGCACGGAAUGAGUGUUGUGAGGUGGCUGACAUUUAGAGAAAAAGCGAAUUUUAUUCAUAAUGGCCUCAUAUCUUUAUGAAGGGCUUUCUGUUUUUUAUUUUUGCAAUGAAAUUAUAGUACUAUGUAAAUUUGUACAAAAAGAUGAGCUUACAGUAUGUUUUUCUUUCAAAGAAGCCAAAAAUACCAAAUACACUACCUUAGAUACCAAAAGUUCCUUAUUGUUUACAUACUUGAAUCAAGAAUUAUUUAAUUUGCCUGGUACCUUACAAAACAUUACUAACGAACUAGAUAACUGGCAGUACUUCCGUAUAACCAUCCCUGUUUUGUAUAAUGGUGAAUAAAUUGAGAAGUAGAUAAAACAUAUCAAUUACGGUUUAUAACCAUUCAGGGUAUGACAAAUGUCCUUCGUCAUCUAGUCAUAUUAUAUAUAGGCUAUAAGUGAAUUUCAAAACUUCCUGUCCUUAUAUAGCAGCACAAAAUAUUUUUAUGCACAAAAAUCCUUUUAAUAAUAAAACAAUUCAGAACAUCAGUUGUAGAAUAGUUAAAAAUAAUUAUUCCAUUAUUAAACUACAAAUACACAAGAUUAAAGAUAU